AUGGCUGCGGCGCCAGCAUGGCAGCGAGACGUCGCGGCAGAGGUUACGCGCGGCGGCGCUGCGCCGCAGGAAUCAUUAAGCGUACCAACGCGGAAAUUUCAGGACGUUGACCAGCUUUCAAAAACGUUUGGUCAUGUCGCGGAGGUUUCCAAGGAGUUCAGGCGUGACGCAGAGCUACACGAUCUCCUGGCAUCGACCAGCAAGGAAGACACGUAUCAGCAGCAUUUCCAAGGGUGGCCCUCGCUGCUUCGUCCCUUGUCCCCGGCGGUCCUGGAGCUACCCACCAUGGUUCAGGACAAGUACCACAGCUGCCAAGCUAUGUGUUUCUGCGGCCUCUUUCCCCAAAUCCGGCGGGCCUGGGCUUCGAUAGACGACUCCCUCUUUCUAUGGCGGUAUGACCGAAGUUCCGAUGUGCCGUUGGAAUACUCUGGCGAGGAUCAAGCUAUCACUUGCGUCGGCCUGGCCGUUCCGCGGCCCGGUGUCUUCCUGCCGGCUAUCCGCCGCCGCGGCGGCGGCGGAGGCGCAGCGGAGGAUGCGGAGGACGUGCCUGAGGAUAUCCUGCUCCAACCGCUUCCUUUGUACAGCAUCCCAACCGACAACGUCGUGAUCACGUGCUGCACGGCAGGGCCCUGCGGCCGUAUCUUCCUUGGCGGCGCCGAUGGCCAUGUGUACGAGCUAUCGUACCAUGCCGCGGACACGUGGCGGCACAAGCGCAUUUCCAAAGUCCGCCUGACGUCGGGUCUUCAGCAAUACCUGCCCUCCUUCGUGCCCUCCUUGCUGGGCCUUGGCGCCCCGCCGCCCAUCGAGCGCCUUGCGGUGGACAAGGAGCGGCACAUACUGUACGCCCUGAAUGUUGCCUCGGGGAUCCAGGUCUUCGAUCUGGGCACCUACGGCAACGAGCCGGCGCGCCGUGUGGCGGAAGUGUCGAACGUGUAUGCCGCGGCGGCGGGUGCCCCUGGCGGCCGCGAGCUCUUCCGAGGCGCGUCCGCGGACCGCAAAGCCGCAGCCGUCAAGUACAUUGCGCCGCUCGCUACCAGCGAGUCUUCCAAGCUGCACUUGAUGGCGGUCACGGCUGAUGGCCGCCGCAUCUAUUUCACAACGCACCACCCCUCCUCGUACGGAUCCUUCAACGCGUAUGGUGGUGGUAGUGGCGGCGGCGGCGGCAGCGGCGGCGGUCGCGCGGGCUCCGCCAGUGCAGAGCGGGCUCUUGCGGCUGAGGCAGCCGGCAUCGCUGGCGCCGUCGCGGCAGCCGCUGCUGCCGGCACGGGCACAGCAGCCGCCAGCAGCGAGCCACCGUUUCCCCGCCGACCGGAGACGCUGGCGGCGGUGUUUGCCCGGGCGGCGCUGCCCCACUCGGGGGUAGCCCGGGGCGCGGCCACGGAUCUUUCACGCUCGGCUGCGCUUGAGAUCGUGGCGGCCCAUUACUCGGCGGGCUGCCUGCUGCUCUCAGAAUCCGCUGGGGGUGCGGGAGGCGGUGGCGGUGGUGGCGGCCAGGGAGUCGGCAAUGGUGGCACAACUAAGCUUCUGGCUGCGUCGCGCAACACUACCGUGCCUCCGGCCACGCUCAAUACCCACACCGGCAGCGGUUACGGCGCUUAUGGUUAUGGCAGCUAUGGCGGCUACGUUGUUGGCGGGUUGCGCGAGAGCGUUACAGAGCUGGACAAUUUCGUGCCGGGGGAGACCUGCGCAGUGGAGGCGGCGCCCUGCCGGCCGGUGCUGGGACCUGACGCGCUGUCUGCACGUGCCGGCCCCAGCAGCGACGAGCUGGUCUCGGCGGUUUGGUGGCCGCCGCCGCGGUUCGCGCUGAUUGGCACUGCGGGCGUGGUGGAGCUGGAGAAACGCCGACCCGUUGAGUUGCUCAUGCAAAUCCUGGAGCGCAAUUCCCAGGAGCAGCUCCGUUCCUUCUUCCAGGCGUACGGCCCUGUGGAGGCGGCGGCCAUGUGCUAUCUAAUCGCCACGUCGGGCCCACCAGGCGCGCUAGGGCCGGGAUUCGGUGGCCUUGGCGGCGGUCGGGGACCGUCGGCGCUGGGGCCGGGUCGCGCCAUCGGGUGCUCUCCGAGCUCCUCGCCGCUAGGCGGCGGCGGGGUCAGCGCACUGGCGGCACGGUCGGCAGCGGCGGCGCUGGAUAAUCCGCUGCUGGUGGGGGAGGCCCGCAUGCCUGAGGACGCGGCCCCGGCGGACGGAGCGUUUCGUUCCUGCUGUUGCCCGCCCGUUUUUACGCCACGUCAUCUUGAUUAUCCAGCUUACCCUCAGGGCGGUGCUAACGUUGGAAGCAUGGGGGGCGGAGGCAACGGCAUGUACAUGGGUCGUGCCGUUGAUCCCAACCCUGGACCUUCCUGGAGCGCGGGCCAUCGCGGGCUUUGUCUGUACGUCAAUCGCCUGCUGGCGCCCGUGUACGAUAAGAAGAUAGCCAUGGCGCUAGGCGGCAAGGGGCCGGCGACCGGGAACGGCUCUACCAACGGCGCCGCCGCGGGGCGGGUCCUCACGUGCCGCUUUAGUAACCAGACUCUGGAGGCUCUGGAGGAGCGCCUUCAGGGCCUGGCCGCCUUCCUGGAGGCCUCCAUCGCAAAGCGUCAGCAAAAGGGCUACGCUGCCAGGACAGCCGCCGCCGUUACAUCGGCAGCGCCGUACGGCGCCGGCGGCGCCGCCGGCGGUGGCGCCGGAGGUGUUGGAGGCAUGGCCGUUGGCGGCAGCGGUGCCUUUGGGUACGGCGCGGGCACAGGAGCCGACGACCCUACGGUGCUGAUCCACAAGCGGCGGCGGCUGGAGCAUGCGGCACAGCAGGAGGACGAAAUGGCGCAGCGCAUCAGGGGCCUGGUUCUCCGUGUGGCUGAGGCGUGCUCGCUGCUGCGGCUGCUUUCCGCGCACAACCUGGGGCGCCUGGCGCUUCGGCAGCUGGGCAGCGGCGCGGUGGAUAUGGCCAAGCUGGCCAACAUGACUCUGCGCAGCUUAGCCCAGGACGCGGAGGGCGAGGCCAUGGCGGCGCGCCUCAUCAGCGGCUUGGUGAACGAGCAGCUGGAGGUUGGGAUGGCGGGCACGGGGGCAGCCGCGGCGGCGGGCUCAGCGGUGCUGGUGGCAGCGUCGGGGGUGGGGCUGGCAGCCAGCGGCGCCGCCGGUGCCGAGGCGGUGGCGGCGGCGCUGCAGGCGGCGGCGCCGUCGUACUUCCGCCAGGAGGACCGGACAUAUUACCAGGCGAGUGCGCUGCUCAAGGCGGCCGAGGCGGCGCCGCCGGGCCCCGAGCGGGAGGCCACAGUCAAGCAGGCGGUCUCCAUGCUGGUGCGUGUGCCUUUGGUCGUUUCCCUGGAGAUGCUCACCAGUCAGCUGGCUAACCUCAAGUACUACGAGGGCAUCGUGACGGUGGCGCUUGCUGCGGCUGCGGCCCGGGACCCCGAAGGUUUGGCAAUGCGGCCCGAGCUUGGGCCGGCCUGCGAGGUGGCUCGGCAGCGGCGGCGGGAGGCGUAUGGCCACGUGCUGGGGGCCCUGCGGGCCCUCAUUGUAGUCGACGGUGGGGGCGGCGGCGGAGGCGGCGCGGCGGCGCUGAGCGCUGCGGAGCGUACGGCCUUCAAGUCGGCGUUGCUCAAGACCGCCCUGGCUUCCACGGACGUCUUCUUCUUGGACGAGCUGUAUGGCUUCCUGAUCGGCACGUGCGGUGCAGCGGACGAGCUGCUGUCCCGUGAUGCACCGGGGCUAGAGAGCUACCUGGCCCGGGAGGGUGGCCUGGUGCCGCCCGGCAGCGGCAUGGAGCCGGCCGCCGCGGCGGCUGCCACCGCCACAGCGGCCGCCGCGGCGCUCAGCGGCGGUGUGCCUAUCGGGCCCCUGACGGGGGCGCAGGUGGCGCUUCUGGAGCUGCUGUGCCGCAUGCUCGUGGGGAAGGGCAGGUUCCUGGACGCCGCACUAGUCCAUGGCGCGCUGGGCUGCCGGAGGGCUGGUCCCGGAGCGGAUCUUGCCGUGCCGUUGAGGUCCCGAGUUGCCGCGCUGCAGUCUGCGGUAUUGCAUGCUCGCUCCGCGGGUGACUCGGCGCUGGUGGCCCGACUGGACAGCGACGCCAAGGUGGUGGGAUUUCAGGCUGCCAUCGCGGAGCGCUUUCAGACCCGCCGCAUCCGAUUGUCUACCGGGGCGGCCCAGCGCGCUGGUGGCGGCGCAGCCGCGGCGGCGGCAGCCGGUGGUCAAGGCUCUGUUGACGGUGCCGGCGGAGGCGGUGCUGCUGCUGACCCGGCGGCGGCGCUGGCUGAGGUGGAUAGGGCCCUUUCGGAGCUCUCCGGCUCGCCCCUGGAGUUGUCCGUGCUGUACAAUGCCUACGCACAGCCGUUCGGCAUGUGGGACAUCUGCCUGCAAAUGAUUCGUUUUGCGGGUGGAGGCGGCAGCGGUGGCGCGGCGGAGCCGUCCGCUGUCGUGCGGACGCUUUGGGACCACGAGCUUCUGCGGGCGUAUGACCAGCGCCCCGAAGCCGGGCCUGCCGGGCGCCUCGCGGACGCAUGCGACGCCGUGGCGACCCUCGGGCCCCCCCUGUACCCGGACGAGCUGACGUUGCCGCUUGUACACGUGGCAUGGCGGCUAGAGAGCCUCGCGGCGGGUCUGUGGCCGGCGCCGUUGGCAGCAGAAGGCGGGGCUGCUGCCGCAGCAGCAGCGGCGGCACAGGACUCAGCGGCCGAGCGUGCUAGCGAGGUCAUUGUGCCAGCGCUGAUGUCCGCCGCGGGGGGCAGCGCCACUGCUGUACGGCGUGUGUACGAAGCCCUGUUGUCCCGCGGGCGGGGCGGUCUGCUUGCGGUGGGAGGUGGCAGCGCUAUGGAGGCUCAGCUGAGCAGCGUGCGAGUGCGGGUGCAGUUGCUGAGGUUCGCGCUGGAAGCCCACAGACUGGGCGUUCCCGAGUGCGGGGAUGUCGCCCGGCGCUUGGAUGCGGUGCGAGUGCAAGCUGAGGCACUGCGGUAA